AUGAUUUAUGAGUAUAUAUAUAUAAAUGAUUUCAAAGAUUUCGUAGAUGCUGAAAAUCUCAUGCCGUUGCCGACGAGUGAUUUCCAUCAACCCGUGUGCAUGGAAAUGAAAACGAUGAACACGGAUCCGGAAAGAUAUUCAAUGUACAAAGAAAACGUUCGCGCGAUUUCCAACAACAACAGCGUAAGCAAAAGGAUAACAAAAUUCGGAAUAGAAUCAUUAGAAUGUUCGAAAGGUGAAAGUGAAAAAUUCAUAUCAUGCGAAGGAGUGGUGAAAACAUUCGAAGAGAAUAAAAACGAAAUGGGGGGAAGCGUUGAUAGUUCGGACACGUUCGCGAGUUGCAACACUCACCCAUUUCAAUCCGAAGGAGAUCUCACGUCUGACGUCAUUAAUCAAAGUUGUGCCAUUUUCGAUUACGUUUUAGACAAUAGCAGUAACCUGUACGUGAAUCCUCUCGAUCUUCCCUUGGACGAAAGUUCAAACGUUUUACGCGGUUUAAAAAAAAGUGCAUCCGGUGAUACAGCAUUAAGGAGUUUAGUUAAUUCCACGACGGACAAUUUGAUUGGAAAUAUCGGACGUUCGCCGGAAAGAGGGAGCAGAGGGAGUUUGAAUUACGUAUCCGUACCUAAACAUAGAAAAACUCGAUUUCAACAGGGUAGAUUUUAUAUAUUUAAUUUGUGUUUCAUCGACUGUGUUCUCCAGUCCGUUGUCGGAAGUAGGAGAAAUAGUUUUCCCGGUUGGGUCAAUCACGAACAUCAACGUUGCGGGUCACUAAUGACCGGAUCUCAUUGUUUCGGUGAACAUUCUAGAAGGUGUCCGACCGAACUCUGUUGGACUUGCACGAGGUUUCACAUAAGCAAAUCCGAACACGCCGUUUGGCGUACGUCAUCAAUUAGUUUGCAAGAUAUCGAUACGGAUGAUAACGGUGCUUCCAUGAUGGAGGGUAAAUACGGUGACACACACGAUAGAUCACUUAAAAAAAGAGAUUCGCAAGAAAGUUUAGAAGGGAAAAGGGAAAAAUAUAUUCCGAUAAAAGGUUUCACGUCAGCGACGAAACUUAUCAAUCAACAUAUUUUUGGAAUGCAAAACGGAAGGAGUAGCAAAGGAAAAAAGACCGAAAAUAAAAAUCCGACGGCGGAUUCUAUUGAAAAUUGGAACGCGAUGAAUUCAGAUCAAAAUCGUCGUUCAAAAUCAAUAUUGAAAAAAACGGAGCAAUCAUAUUCGAAAUACAUGGAUCCGGAAUCGGAAAAACUAAUAUCGGACACAUCAUCCGUUCGCAGCAUGUUUAUACCAAAUCCCAAAGAUGUGGGAUUCGAUUUUGAUUACGGGAGUAAAGAUCAGAACAACAGCAUCGUCACGUUCAACAACAGAUCGUCGAGAGGAACGUCACCAUCAUCGAGCAUGAAAUAUCAAACAGAAUCCGGGAUUAAAAGUCUCGCUACGAAAUCGGGAAUGAAAUCUCAUCAUGCACUGCCUAUAAAAUUUAUUGGAUUUUCAACGGACUCGUCAGAUUACAAAAAUGAAAGCAUAAAAUCUCCUUUGCUACUUUUAGACGAUUACUGGAAAGGGGGAAAAAGAGAAACGGGAUGCUGCGGAGGAAAAAAAUAUUCACGAGAAUCGCCUUUGUAUAUUUGCCCACCACCACCACCAUCACGUUGUCCCCCUAUGGAUGGAGACAAUUCACCCACGGAGGAAACAAAUCUUUUAACUUCGAAAUCAUCAAAAGACAAAUCAUUAUCGUAG